GCAUCAGCAUCUGGCAAAGGCGGCAAAGCGUUAGCAUAAGCGCCGUUGCGAGAAAAGCCAAAGACAAAACUUUGAAAUUACAUGACAGCGUAUUUUGAAGUUUGAACUGUAUGCUUUUAUUUUUAAAUCAUUAAUGGUACUUUCACACUUGGGACCAAUUAAAAGAAGAAGCAACCUCUGGUUUGGCUGAUACGGGUGGGAAGUUUUCAUUAAGACACUUUUUGGUUACGUUUCUAAGGAUUAAACAAUUUUUUUCAGACUCCCUCCCUCGUCAGUCGUCACCCUUACAGUAAUAUUUUCCUUCAUUUUCUUUCGUUGCAUUCCCAUUAGAUCUUCGUUUCAUGCACCUUUUUUGAGUUUCUUCUCAAAAAAAGUGGAAGGGAUAAUGGGAUUUGUGAGUAGUUUACUGGGAAUUCUCGGUUUUGCUAUUGGCAUUCCGGUUGGACUCUUGGUGGGAUUCUUUUUCUUCAUUUAUUCUGAGCCUGAUGAAGUUGAGGAUACAGAGAUGAAGCCACUUGUCGAGUUGGAUAACAUUCCUUUGUAUGAACUGCUACCUGACAUUCCAUUUUGGAUAAAGAGUCCUGAUUUUGAUCGAGUCGACUGGUUAAACAAGUUUCUCUUGGAGAUGUGGCCUUACCUUGAUAAGGCAAUUUGUUCUACAAUAAGAAGCACGGCACAGCCAAUAUUUGCAGAGUACGUUGGAAAGUUCAAGAUAGAAGCCAUUGAGUUUGAGAGUUUAACUCUUGGAACUCUACCUCCAACGAUUCAUGGUAUCAGAGUCUAUGAGACCAAUGAAAAGGAGCUAGUAAUGGAACCAGCAAUGAGGUGGGCUGGCAAUCCCAACAUAGUUUUGGUGAUAAAAUUGUUGUCCUUACAAAUUACAGUUCAGUUUGUGGAUUUGCAAAUAUUUGCGGCACCUCGAUUAACUUUGAAACCUCUUGUUCCUGCCUUUCCGUGUUUUGGAAAAAUUUCAGUGUCUUUGAUGGAGAAGCCACACGUAGAUUUUGGAGUCAAAGUACUAGGAGGGGACAUCAUGUCAAUACCAGGCCUUUAUCAGUUCAUUCAGAAAUAUAUUCAGAAAUAUGUUGCAAGCCUCUACCUCUGGCCUCUAACCCUUGAAAUACCUAUUCUUGAUGAUUCAGCCGUGGCCAUAAAGAAGCCUGUGGGGAUACUACAUGUGAAGGUUGUAAGGGCUAUGAAACUCUUAAAGAUGGACUUCCUUGGGACAUCUGAUCCUUACGUCAAACUCAGCUUGACUGGGGAGAGACUGCAAUCAAAGAAAACCUCCAUAAAAAAAAGGAACUUAAAUCCUGAAUGGAAUGAAAACUUCAAGCUUAUUGUGAAGGAAACCCAAUCUCAAGUCCUUCAAUUACACGUUUUUGACUGGGACAAGGUUGGCAGACACGACAGGUUGGGAAUGCAGUUGGUUCCCCUAAAACUACUUACACCCCAUGAGACGAAAGAAUUUACUCUAGAUUUGCUGAAGCAUUCAAAUAUUACUGAUCCUAAAGACAAGACUCAAAGAGGGCAAAUCGUGGUUGAGCUUACCUAUGUACCUUUUAAAGAAGACAGCAGCAAGUUCAGUACUGCACUAUCAGAGAAAUAUAGCGGGAAGGAUAUCAGAAUUAAUCAGUCGUUCAGUAUGAAUGAGGAGAUCUUAGGGGGAGCAGGUUUACUUUCAGUCGUAGUCCAAGGAGCUGAAGAUGUAGAAGGGGAACAUCACAACAAUCCUUAUGCUUUAGUCCUUUUUAGAGGAGAAAAAAAGAAAACAAAGACGAUAAAGAAAAACCGUAACCCUCUAUGGAACGAAGAAUUCCAGUUUAUGCUUGAGGAUGCUCCUUUACAUGAGAAGAUCCAUAUUGAGGUUAUGAGCAAGCGGACAGGCUUUAGAUUUAGAUCACGGGAGUCACUGGGACAUGUAGAAAUUAAUCUUGCAGAUGUUGUGCACAAUGGACGCAUCAAUGAAAAAUACCAUUUAAUCAAUUCAAAGAAUGGCAUUAUACAUGUUGAGAUACAUUGGACAACCGUUUGAGAAAUGCUUGCAUGACUCCAUCUGGGCUCAUUAAAAGCAGGAAGUUAUCCGAGCCACGUGAUGGCUGAUAGAUGCACUGGAUUUAUUGAUGGUAGCGAUUUAUAAGCUGAUGGAGAGAGGGAUUUUCUGGUAUCGGUUGACGUUCCAGCUGAGUCUUCCAGAAAUGAGAAAAGUGAGAUGUAUUAACAAGGAGCCCUUGACCAAAGAAAUGGUAGCGCUAGACAGUAAUGAUGUCAAGACUGAAAGACUUGAAACAGGGAAAAAGGGCAAAAGAAUAUAUUUGGGAGACUAAAAGGAAAAAAGUAUCUAAAGAUAACUCAGCUGAUAUUUCUCACCUGAUAUUUUUUUCUAAUGUUGAAUGGUAGAUGGAAGAAUCAAGAAAAGAAAAGAAGUUGCACCAAAUCAACAAAGGGAAAGUGUAAUUUAUUGAACAGGAAAUGUUUAUCCCUAAAAAGCUUAAAGCUCUCCUCACUAAGUUUUCUUCACCACAAAGAUAUUGGCUUCCUCGACUUCAUUCCAUCAGUGAUGGAUCCGCCGCCUCCUGCUGAUGAAUCACAACCGCCAGGUCCACCAGGUUUAUUGUAUAAUACACCAUUGACAUCCUGGUAUGAUUUCUUUCUUUCCCUCAUAACUCUUCAGAGCUGAAAAGGAUAUAACAGGCCUAAAAUGUUCUCUUUAAUUCCCAGCUUGUGGUUUCUCUGCUGCUGUGGUCUAUUUACAGGCUGCUUUCCAGGUCUUCUUCCUCGGCCGCCUCCACCUCCACUGUGAAGUCUACAAGCAUAUAACUGGCGUUCAAUUUUCUUCUCUAAUCACUUCAUUUGGCAUAAAAGAUGUAGGGAAAGUAACAGUAUGAUGAAUAAAAAUUGUUCCACUAUGUUACAUUC